AGUCGAAUAGACCCUAUAAUGUUUGUCUUAUCAAUAUACACUAAGUGGCAGUUAUCAUCAAAGACAUUUAUCUCUAACUGGCCACUAUGUUGUACGAGUAGAGACCAGUCGCCGCGUCGAGGCCGUCGAGGAGAAUGGUGAAAGUGCAAGUAAAGCAGGGCUGGCUGGAAGGUGACAGGCGCGAGGUGGUGACCAAAGAUGGUUACUACUACAGCUUUAAAGGAGUGCCCUACGCCGCGCCGCCCGUAGGCAAGUUGAGAUUCAAGGCGCCUCAACCUCCGCUAUCUUGGGAUGGAGUCCGAAGCGCAACAGAGCACGGCCCAAUGUGCCCUCAACAAGACAUUUUCACCCAAGAGUUCAUACCAGGCAGCGAGGACUGCCUGUACCUCAACGUGUACUCCCCAGACCUUACGCCCGACAAACCUCUCCCUGUCAUGGUCUUCAUCCAUGGAGGUGGCUACAGAAGCGGCUCUGGUAACGACUCCCACUACGGACCUGACUUUUUAGUCAAACAUAGUGUAGUCCUGGUUACUAUCAACUACAGAUUAGAAGCCUUCGGAUUCCUAUGCCUUGACACAAAAGAUGUCCCUGGCAAUGCGGGUAUGAAGGACCAAGUAGCAGCCUUAAAAUGGGUCAAAGAAAACAUUGCUAAGUUUGGUGGUGAUGCUUCUAAUGUGACUGUUUUUGGUGAAAGUGCUGGCGGAGCGUCUACUUUGCUGCAUGUUUUAUCACCAAUGUCAAAAAGAUUAUUCAAUAGAGCUAUUCCAAUGAGUGGCGUACCAAUUUGUGACUGGUCUGUCGCGUUUGAACCAGCUAGGCGAGCCUUCACACUCGGAAAAAUUCUCGGACUUGAAACUGAAGACCCGGAAAAGCUUCUCGAGUUCUUGCAAAGUGUUCCUGCUGAGAAAUUAGUGCUGACCAACCCCUGCGUUGUGAGUUUGGAAGAAAAAGCGAACAACCUUUUAAAAAUGUAUCACUUCACACCCGUUGUCGAAAAGAAUCUUGGUCAAGAGUAUUUCAUGAUCGAAGAACCGUUAGAAAUUUUGAAGAAAGGAACCGGCAAUGAAGUAGACGUAUUUAUUGGACAUACUAGUGAAGAAUGUCUCAUUGGAAUAGAAUCUUUUGAAAAAUUCUUAUUGAACGAUUACAACAGAUAUCCAGAAAUAUUGGUACCAAGAGAACUUCUUUACAAAUGCAGUCCGAAGACUGUUUUGGAACUGUCUGAUAAAAUACAUAAGCACUACUUUGGAAAGACGCCGAUUAACAAUGAUAUAAUGAAGGAGUUUGUGAAAUAUGUCAAUGAUGCAUGUUUUGUUUAUAACAUACACAGGACUCUUGAUCAUUUACCCAAAAUUAACAACAGCAAGACAUACUUCUACAGAUUCUCUUGUGUUUCUGAAAGGAACAUUUUCGGUGCUGCGGGUACUAAGUACGGAAUCUCCGGGGCCAGUCAUCUGGACGACUUGAUGUACCUGUUUCAGGCCAACUUUGCGAACGUGCCAAUUGACAAGAAUGGUAAAGGAUAUCAGAUGAUCCAGUUGGCGUGCAAGGUUUUCACCAAUUUUGCCAAAUAUGGGACCCCCACUCCUGACGGUUCACUAGGCGCUGUGGUUCCCAGCUACAGCAACUCCGAGAGCUACGUCGACAUCUCCGAUUUCAUUCGAGUAGGACAAUCACUGGACGCCGACGCAGUGGCCUUCUGGAAGGACGUGUUCGAUUCAGCUGGCGUCGAGUUUUGAGAUUCUAUAUCCCGUUCCUGGCCAAACUAAGUUUGCAAAUUAACAGUGAUAAUGCAUUAAUAUUCCGUGGGUUUUAUGAUAAUAUAGAAGGCAAACGAGCAGACAUUUUUUUUAUACUACGUCGGUGGCGAACAGGCAUACGGCCCGCCUGAUUGUAAUCAGUUUCUGUAGCAUAUGUACGCCUGCAACUCCAGAGGAGUUACAUGCGCGUUUCCGACCCUAACAACCCUCCCUCCCCUCGUUGAGCUCUGGCACCGUUACUCAACGGCAGGAACACAACACUAUGAGUAGGGUCUAGUGUUAUUUGGCUGCGGUUUUCUGUAAGGUGGAGGUACUUCCCCAGUUGAGCUCUGCUCUGAUCUUGAAUGACAUCCGCUGUGCUGUGCCCUACCACACAAAGCGAGAUGACAUUCACUAUCUCCCUAAUCCACCUCUCUUGUGGGCGUGUUAGUGAAUGGUGCAAGUGGCCCUUUAUCACUAACCUGGUUACCAAUACAAUGUGACACUAAGUUAACGGUUUAACCGGUUAACCUCGAGUUAGUGGGAUGGUGCAAGUGGCACUAAGAAGUAUGUAAUGAUAAGCUCUCUGGAUUGGUUCUUCGUUUAUUUUAACACUAGCUUCUACCCGCCACUUUGUCUGCGUGGAAAAAUGAAAAUUAUGAUUGAAAAAACUACCCUAUUAUGUCCUUUCUCGGGGCCUAAAAUAUCUCCACACCAAAUUUUGUCCAUAUUAGAUAUUUUAAAAACUCACGUAUUUUUAAGUCAUGUACACAUGUUGCCACCGGCGGCGCCCGCGCCGAGUCAUCGGGCGCGCAGGGCUGCGGGGCUGCGGCUCGCAAUCUGCGCCGGUCCGCCAACGUAAGCUCCUGACGAUACUACUCGGUACGCAGUGGAACAUGUCGAGCGUUUUUCAGCUUAAAAUACGUGAGUGACCCGUUUUUGAUAUAUUUAAUAUGUUUGUGUCUCAUGAAAGGUUGUUAAUAAAAUAAUAUCAUGUAUAUAAAUACAUAAUGUGUAUUAAUAUAGGAAACUGCGAAUACUGCUUACCAUCAGGCGGGCCGUAUGCUUAAUUGCCACCGACGUAGUAUAAAAAAAAACUGUAGCUAUUAUAUUUAGAUAUUGAAAUAAACGUAAACAAACAAUUUGUACAUUUUCAGGUAGUUAUAACAUUUAUUAGUUAACCAACCAAAUAAAAAACCGCCUGUACCUGUGACUAAACUAAACAACCUAACUUUAACCUAGAUUAUUUAUUUUGAUCAUGUAAUGUUUUCAUCUACCCUCAAAUGGCUUAAGGAGCCAUUUUAGGGUAGAUUUUGUUUACUUUUAUUUAAAUACCUAAAGAUACAUAAUGUAUAACCAAAUGACAUUAUUUUCAAAGAAGAAGAAAAAGAGAAAGCAAUAAGCAAUAUAAAAUUUGUAUUUAUUUAAUCUCUACCAAAUGUAGGCAUUAUAACUCUCAAGAUCACUCGUA